CAGGUUUCAGUCUGCAUACGGUACCCUAUAUCCACUUAUGCACUUUCACGAAAGCUCGUGCGACUACGAUGACGUUUAGACGCAUCAGGUGUUUAAGGAAUUACGACAGAGAUAGGGGUCAUUUGGGGAAGCGCAGCUGAACUUUAUAGCAAUCUGGUUACCUUCAGGCCAGCACUGCCGUGAAACGAUUCAUUAUUCAUAAACUGACGUAUGAUUGAGUAUUUAUGUCUGCAAACCCUGCAGCCAAGUUCGCUGGAGUUUCGGGGGGCGGCGGCAUCACGUGAACGACAAUGCUAAAAUCCUUAAAGGGAAUUUUGUCCAGGUUCUGGGGAAUGGGAAACCUUCCACACUCCAUAGGCUACGUACGCUAAAGCGACUAACACUGAACUGAGGACCGGUCGUUUCACCCAGUCCAGCCCCAGCUCCGCUCAGUCAACACUGGCGUGGGCGGGCCGGUGACGCGUCGUCGGUGUCCAUAUUUGGCUCGUGAUGUCACGAGCCGGAGGUUCCAUUCAUAUAAAACCGAACCCUCGGAAUCCCCUUAGAGGAAAUGUAGGCUCACGCGCGGCAGGGCUAGCAGGCUCACAACAGCCCUGAAACCUUUUUUUUCCUGAAAUCGAGAUCAGUCCGUUAGUUUUCGGUCUUGCAUCUCUGCACAAGCAAUAUGAAGGUCGCGAGUAUAGACUGUCGUCGGUUGAGGAAGAUUAUUAGAAAGGAGUGUGGAAACUGUCUCAUUGUGGACUGCCGACCCUAUUUUUCUUUCUCGAGCUCUAACAUCACGGGUUCGCUCAAUGUAAACUUGAAUUCCGUGGUGGUCCGGAGGUCCCGCGGUGGUCCCGUGCCCUUGCAGUUCGUGAUACCGGAUGAAAAGUCUUUGUUUCGUCUUCGGCAAGGGAGCAUCUCCGCUGUUGUGGCUCUGGAUGACCGGACCCCCCAUUUUCAAAAGCUGAAACAGGACAGCAUUGCUCAAAUAGUAAUAAAUAGCCUCUCGCAUCUGGCGAGUUGCGCCAACAUCUGCUUCCUAAAAGGAGGCUAUGAGAACUUCCAUUCCAACUACCCUGAGCUUUGCACGGAGAGUAAACCGACGGAGCAGAGUGCGGCCGAGCCGGAGCGCCACAGCGGCGGCCCCGGUGAGAGAGCGGGCGCGCGCCAGAAGCGCGAGCAGGGUAAACCGGUGGAGCUGCUUCCGUUCUUGUACUUGGGCAGCGCGUCUCACGCCUGCAGGGAGGAACACCUCAGCGACCUCCACAUCACGGCGCUUCUGAACGUGUCGCGCCGGGACUCGCAGCCCGCCGAGGGACAGUACCGCUAUAAAUGGAUCCCGGUGGAGGAUAGCCACACCGCCGACAUCAGUUCUCACUUUCAGGAGGCCAUAGACUUCAUCGACGAGGUGAGACGGGAGGGUGGUAAGGUGCUGGUGCACUGUGAGGCGGGCAUCUCCCGCUCGCCGACCAUCUGCAUGGCUUACCUCAUGAAGACCCGGCGGCUGCGUCUGGAGGAGGCCUUUGACGCUGUGCGCUGCCGCCGCGCCGUCAUCUCGCCAAACUUCAGCUUCAUGGGCCAGCUGCUGCAGUUUGAAGCCGAGGUGCUGUCGUCUGCGCCACCCUGUGCUCCGCCAGCCUCUGCCCCCUGCGAGCGGGGGACACCCUCCUUCCCCGCCGGAGUCGGUGGCCGUGGUGACGUGGGGGACCGAGACAACGGCGGCAGCAGGUUCUCGACCGACAAGAGCUUUGAGUCCUCCGUGUUCACCUUCCCUACCUCCUUCGUGUCACCGAGCCCCAUGCAGGCACCGGUGCACCCGUUCACACUCAGUCCCAUCACUGCUCUGCCUUAGUGGGGCCGCAAAGGCUACCCGUGUCCUCCGACUACUUGAAAGACAAAGAAAAGGAAAAUAUAAAAUAAGAUAAAGACGAGCAGAACAGGCAAGGGCACAGCAGGAAAGGAGAAAGGAAAAAAAGACUUUGGUUGUGAUGUCAUGACAGUAUUUGAAUCCAGCUAAAGAAGCAUUAUUUUUCGUUGAUGUUGUUUGCCUUAGAAUGAGUCACACCAAACGAGUACACUGCAAUACAAGCCUUGGUUUAAGUGUGUGAUGUCUGUCAAUUCACAUCGCCCAACGAGGCUUUUCAAAUUAAAUUAUUGAAUUUUUUUUAAUUGUUUGCUUUUUUUAUGAAAUAUGGAUCUGUUAAUAAAUGUUUUA